AUGGAGGCAGAGGGCCGUGUGUGGGGAGGACCCAGGGACCAGGAUGCCCGGGGCAGACAGAGGCCGGAGCCCGUUGGCGUCCUGGCCACUCGCAUCCCUCGGGAGAACCCCCACCGCCCGGGCCGCAGGAGCAGCCUGCCCUCGGCCCAGGAAAAAAGGAGAUGGACGGACAAGCAGGAGGCUGUGCUGUACCCUGUUCUGUCCACGGCACCCACACAGAACAGCGUCCCUCCUCCGGAAAACAGGCGUGAGAGACGUGGCAGGCUCAGGGGCCUUUGUGGGCGCAGAGGAAAGGACUCACGGUGGAGUGCCCCCAGCUCCACGCGGCACAAAAGCGGACCCCACGGAUGGUCUCCGGUGACCAGGGGCGUCCCUGGAGCCAGACGGGGGGGCCGAUGGGAAUUCGGUGCAGGCCACUGCCGGGGCCCCUGUGGGCCGUGGGCGCCUGACGGUGAGACAGCGUUUGCCGAGGUGGCCCAGCUGCCCGGGGUGGAGGGCGUUGUCCCGGCCACCGUGCCAUCGGCCCGGCUGCGCCCACUCUGCUCCAUCACCAAGCAGGUGUACCGUGUGCCCUUCAGGAACCCUCUGCCGCCCCUGGGGCCUCCUCCACAGCCAGCGGGGGAGGGGGUCCAGCCGGAAGGGGCCCAGUUCACAGAUGGCCCUAUGUGGUCUCAGGCUGUGCCAGAGUCAGCGAGGGUCCCCACCUGUUGCCUGCUCCCCAGAGCCCCACGGGGCCUUUUACCCGUCCGCGGACCCAGCGCCCUGUCUCCAGUCUGCUCCCGCCACGGCCCGUACAGCCCCCAGGGUCUGCGGGCCCCUGAAAGCCUCCAGCAACACCACACGAGAUCGUCGAAAGCCCAUUUAAAGCUCAUGGUAAUUACUUCCAAGGGGUUUAUAGCCCCAAAGAGUCUCGCAGCCACGCCCCGCCGUCCAGGAAGGCGAUAUUUCACCAUCAAGGACGCGACCCUGGGUAUUUACAGACGGUGCGAUGCUGGAGGCGCAGCAGCCCUCUUGCGACCAUGAGGCUGUAAGCAGGACAAAAGCUGCUUCGGGGACCGCUGAACAGAAAGACGGAAGGCAUCUGUGAGCCGGGUUUGGAGGCCGCCUGCUCUACUCCAUGCUUCUCGUGACACAAGAGACAUAAAGCCCAUUUCAUGAAACCGUUGUAAGUUGGGUUUUAUUUAAUCCCUAAGCAGUGUGUCCAAAAAUAAUUGUUACUAAAAACAAAAACAAAAACAAACACAAACAAACAAAGAAACAAAAAAACGGGGUAUCUGGGUGGCU